CAAACAUCCAAUCACAAGUGUUUCUCUCUCUAGACUUUUCAUCCUAAGCAUCAAGAAAGAUCUUUUUCUGCUCUCUUAUUUAGCCACCUAUGAUCUCUCCUUCUCCUUCCAUCAUCCAAAAUAUCUCAAGACUCUCUCUCUCUCUGCUCGUGCUCUUGAAUUACAGAUAGAUUCUCUCUCUCUCUCUCCCCGUGCUCUUCAAUUACGUCUUCUUCUUUUUUUGAUCAGAUCUCGAGACAAUUUUGAUGGGUUUCUCAAUAAUUCUACCUUUCUUGUUUUCACCCUUGUUCUUCAUUCACAGUUUCCAUAAUUAAACAUUUCCUUUCCUUUUCCAUUUCCAUUUCCAAUCAAAGUUUAAAUUUCAUUCUUUUUUAGAUUUCCCAUUCAAUUUGUUGGCUACCCAUCUAAAAUUUCUCAAAUUUCAUAGUGAAGUGAAGCUUUCUUGUUCCGCCAUCAAUGGCAUCUUCUAGAAACAGUGGGAAAUCGAAAAUGGAAUGGGAGAAUCAACAACAAUGGAAGCCAGUUUUUGAAGGUUCUUCCAUGUCAAAUAGACCAUUAAAGAAAAUCAGAAGCCCAGAACGUCAAUACCCAUUUCAAUCUUCAUCAUAUCCUAACCCCACCAUCGCCCCCGCCGGACAACCCAUGAUUUCUUCUUCUCCAUCAUCAAGGCAUAUUUUUCCUUUUGCCUAUAACGAAACCCAAAAUCAACACCAAAUGAUCUCAUUUACCCCCCACCCACAUCAAGGAAUCGAAUAUCCACCAUACUUCGCCACAGAAGCGGCGGCGGCGGCGGAGGCAGCUCAGAAACAGAGUAUGAUUCAGUAUUGGAGUAAUGCUUUGAAUUUAAGCCCUAGAGGAAGAAUGAUGAUGAUGAAUAAAUUAGCACAUGAAGGUACGUCGGCGCUUUUCCGACCACCGGUAAUUCCGAUCAGUUCAACGAAACUUUAUAGAGGUGUUAGACAGAGACAUUGGGGAAAAUGGGUUGCGGAAAUUCGUUUGCCGAAAAACAGGACACGUCUAUGGUUAGGAACAUUCGACACCGCCGAGGACGCAGCCAUGGCCUAUGAUCGUGAAGCUUAUAAAUUAAGAGGCGAAAAUGCAAAACUGAAUUUUCCUGAGCUUUUUCUCAAUAAGGGUAAGUCAGAAGAAGAAGAAGAUCAUCACCCAGAAACUGAUCAGAAUCAAGAAACGGUUCAAGAUUCGAUUUUGGAUCAAUCUGAUCAGUUACUCCCAAACCCAAACCCUAACCCAAAUUCAAUUAUAGGUACUGGUGUUAGUGAAGAAAUAAUGAUUGUUGGAACAGGGGAGGAAAUUGUUGAGACGUCGGCGCCGGUGCCGGCACCGGAGGAGGAGUUUGUUUGGGGAGGGGAAAUGGCGGAGGCAUGGAUGAAUGCAAUUCCGGCGGGUUGGGGACCGGGGAGUCCAGUUUGGGAUGAUUUGGAUAGUAAUAACAAUCUUCUUUUACCAUCAAAUUUUAGUUUUGGUGGUCAUGAUUAUCAUCAACAAGAACAAGAGACAAAUAUUGGGAAUUCUUCAUCUUAUUCAUCAUCGUCAUGUCUGAAUCCUUUCGUUUGGAAUGAUCAAUAUUGAUCAUUUUGUUUGUCUGUUUGGAGUGAAGUUUUAGUGAAUCUCCUUUCAGAUAUUAACAAGACUAAGAAGGGGCUGCUUAUUUCAGGUCUCUUUUUAAGUGCCUUAUCAUUAUUGUUAUUUAAAUUAAAUGUAUUUUAGGGUAGUUUUUUUUUUUUUAAUUUCAUUUCCUUGUUGUUGUUGUUAGAAAAAAGGAUUUAGCUUGAAGUGAGACAGUUUUGAGAUCUCCUUUUUAGCUGUCCUUUUAUAUUAUUAUGUCAUUUUCCCUUGUAAUUAAAUCAUAGAUUAUUAUUAUUAAUUUUUAUUUUUAGGAUCA